UUUUUUUUAACCAUGACUACACCAGUUGUAUUAGAUGAAGAUACUUAUACCGAAGCCAUUAGCCUUAUCAUCGAACGGGAUUUCUUUCCCAAUUUAGCAAAAAUGAAAGCUGAGCAGAAAUACUGGGAAGUACAAAAAAACGGUUCAUUAGCUGAAUUACAGGAAGCAGGAAGAGCAUUACAUAAUGCUACCACAUUAAAAAAAUCUCAACCACGAGAUUCAAAUCAAAGUGUCAACUACUAUUUCGAAGAUGAGCCAGAUAUCGAAAAGAGAGUCAAUCUUAAUUUAUCUCUAGAUCAGUUUCAAUCUCUUUAUACCAGUGAAGAUAAUGCAUCGUUUGCAGAUUUAUUAGAAAAAGCAAAUUUAAAAGUGAAAGAAAAGAACAAAUGGUUCUUUGAUCGCGAAUCUUUACGAAUAACCAAUGGUGAGAAAGGAACAUUAGCUAUUGAAACAAACGAAAAGGCACCAUUGGGUUGGAAAUAUAAAACAAGAAAUGCCCUCAUGUAUUACCCAGAAGGGAAAAGUGAGUCUUGGGUGAAUCCUAAUGAAGGAAGAGGACAGCCUAAAUCGAUUGAAUAUAAAAAUACCCAUAUUAUGAUAAAUGAUACAUCCUUACCAACACAUAAAACAGUAGCACCAUCAGAUAUAGCUAAUAAAGAUGGGUCGCUUACACCUUGGAAGCAAUGGAAUGGUCUAUCAUCAACAGAAGCAGACGAUUCAACACCUAAUAUUAGAGGAUAUAAUCUUGUUGAUGCCACACCUACAUUAAGUCCAUCACGUAUAGGAACACCACAAAUGACUUGGGGUUCAAUUGAGGGGACUCCCUUAUUGAUCUCAAAUGGUUCAGACACUCCAGAACCUCAGUUCUCUUUACCAAAAAUAUCAAAAAGAGAACAAUUAGGUAUGAAAUUAUCUGAAAAAGCUUCUAAAGCGUAUAGGAAAAAGACAAUAGAAAGACAACAACGAAGAAUACAAGGGACACCAAGAGUAGGGGCUGGUUUAAUGUCACCUGCUGCACAACAUUUAUUAAGGAAAAGUACUCAAGGAUUCACACCAAGGAUUCAAUCAGGCUUUGGGGAGGCAUUAAGAAGUACUUAUAAUAGUGGGUCGCCUUCUUUUAAAACACCUCGAUCUAUCCUAAAACGUCCUGGUGCUACACCUACUCCAAUCGCAUUAUUUCGUGCUGGCGCAACUCCACAAAAAAAAGAAAAGAACUAAUAAAGUGACU